AUGGCGUCGAUUGCCGGACUACACUUUGGUCGGACGCCGGCCUGUUGCACAAUCUCGCCCUGCCUUGACACCGGCCACGUGGGAGCGUUGCCUCUGCCGCCUCCUCGGCCUGUCCGUCUGUCCGUCUGUCUGCGGGAUCGAUCGCAGUCUGGCGGUUCCGCCUCCAGCAGUUUGCAUCCUCUUGCUUUGCCCUUUGCUGCGGCCAUUGCCACAUCUCACUCGCGAUCGACCCACACACCACACCACAGCACAGCACGUCAUGUGGCCCAGCGUCUACGUCCUCACGUGGGCCGGGCCGGGCCGGGCUGGGCUGGGCUGGGCUGGGCUGGGCUGGGCUGA